CGCUUGCAUUCCUAGCUGAGAAUACAUUUUAAUGUCUCAACAUCGCUCGUCUUCCGUUUUCAAAAUGGAGUCCAUAAACAAGGAAGAACCAAAAAUUGCAGGCCUUUCGUUUGGUUUCUCGAAGAAACAAGAGGUUAGAAAACUUUCAAAAUCGGUUGUAAGCGAGGCUUCUGAAAAAGAAGAUAAAGAAAAAGACUUUGUGUUAUCUCUCGAGGGUAAAGAAGUAAAUUCAACAAAAAAAUCUCGCAAAGUUCAAGAAAAUGAGUAUGUCAUUCCUCUAAUAAAAUGUAACAAAUGGCGCAUGGGAAAAGAAGAUGGAUCGAAACAAAAGUUAUAUCGUGAAGAAAUUGCUAGUUUAGAUAACCUAGAUGCUCUUGCAGCUAAAGAAAUUUUACAAGAAUCUGCUAAAUAUAAUGAAACAUGGGAAGAUGGGGGUGCAACAGACACAACCAUAGCGAUUCCACUUUUAAUGCAAAACAAGAUACCAGAUGGAUUUGAAUCAGAUGAAAAAUUAGAUGUAGCUUUACGACCAGAGGAACCUGAUGAAGCUGAUUAUGAAAUGAUACCUAUAGAACAAUAUGGCAUGGCAAUGCUCAGAGGAAUGGGGUGGAAUCAAACUCGUGGUAUCGGUAAAAAUGGCAAAGUUGUGGCACCUAUUGAGGCACAACUGAGACCUAAAGGACUAGGACUAGGUGCUGAUAAAAGUAAUUUAGGAUCAGAUAAGAAGCAGUUAGGUUCAGAGAAGACAAACAGUAUUCCAGACGAAAAUCUGGAACUUAAAAAGAAUUCCUAUUGUGUUGUAACACAUGGUAUCAAUAAAGACAUGUAUGGAGUAGUGGAAGGAUUCGAUGAAGAUAAUGCUCGCAUUAUGUUAAAACUAACACUGAGUGGCAAGGUUAUAAAUAUCAUUCAAAGUUAUGUGCGUGUUGUUGGCAAAAUGGAAUAUGAUAAAUAUUCCAAAUACUUAAAUAAGGAAAAAGUUGACAAAUAUAAAGAAGAAGAAAUGAAAUUGACCAAUGGAAAAACUAGCGUUACUAACAUUGAUGCAAAUGGUAAAAGAUCUCAUCAUAAAAAAAAGAGUAAAAAAAGAGACAACUCAGAUCAUGAACAUGAUUCACCACAUCAUAAAAGUAAAAAGCAAAAGAAAGACAAAGAAAGGGGCAGACAUAAAAACAAGACUAAACACAACAGUAGCGACCAGCAUUCAUCCAAAAACUAUUCCAGCAGUGGUUCAUCAGAUGAAGAAGCAUUGGCUACCAACAAGAGUUCUCCGCCAUGGUUACGCAAUGAUUUGAGAGUUCGCAUCAUUGACAAAAAUGUGAAAAGAGGAAAAUAUUAUAAUGAGAAAGUUGUAAUUAUUGAUGUUCCGUCAUCUGGUAUUUGCAUGUGUAAAACAGAAGAUGGUAAAGUUAUUGAAAACUUACUCCAAACACAGUUGGAAACUGUUAUACCAAAGAACGACAGGGCCUAUGUUGCUGUAGUAUCGGGAUCACACAGAGGGCAAAUAGGUCAGAUAAUUAAACGACAGAAAAAUGACUGUACAGCUGUUCUUCAGUUACUAUCAGAUCGAGACAACUUGCUAACAUUACACUAUGAUAACAUUUGUGAAUAUGUUGGAAAUGUUCACCAUCAUGAUGAUUAUUAAUUUCUUUUAACGGCAAAAAAUAUCUAAUCAUUUUGUUUAGUACGUGUGGAUGGAAAAAUUACCUUCAGGAGAUGAUUUGAUAUUGAAAAUGUGCGUAUUAAGUGUAACAUUAACAUACAGGAAAAUUGUUUGUGAGAUUUCAUAUCACUUCAAAUCAGGAUUACAGUACUUUAGACAACUUAUGUUCCAUAUCUAUUAAUUGUUGGAGGAAUAUCAAAUAUUAAGUCUAACUCAACAUCUGGAUCUUGUUAGUUAAAGUGAGAAGUUUAACAUUUUUCAUAACUGAAAAUGUAAAUAUUUUUCUGUAAAAAAAAAAAAAUUGUGAUUAAAGUAUUUCUAAAGGAAAUUUUCUUAGGGUUCUAAUAACUUCUAAUGUAAGGUUUAAAUCAACUUACAUUUAAAUAUAUUUUUGUAACAUUCAACCACUAAUUGCUUUGAAACUCUUGCUUUAUGUUUUUUUUGUUAGUGUACUUUAAAAAAAAUAAUGCUUAAACUAUUCUUACCAAUACCACCUAAGCUGUUUUAAAUACAAUGUAGUUGAUGGUAUUAUCCAAACUAGUCUUGUGACAAAGGUUAGUUUGUGUUUAGAAAAAUCCUGUUGAAAUACAUACAAAUUCCAUAUUUUUACCAAAUUGUUUAAGUAAGCUGGUACACUAGGCUAUUGCUGGUAAUAGUUGUUAAAUGAAUUAAAAGUUUUAAUUAAAUAAACAAUGC